CCUAGUAGCAAACGCUGUUUUGCAAAGUUUCAGCAAUAAAACGGAAAUAAUUUGUGUGAAAACUGUAUAAAAGACUGUAAUUCUUAACAAAUUCACUUAAUAAUAGUGUCUAAGUCUAUACUUGCAAAGUAAGUCAUGAAUCCAUAAACAUUUUAUAUAUUUGUGUGACAAACUGUCGGCGAAACAACUUGAGAAGUGUAUUAUGCCACAAAUUUGCGCGGGAAAAGUUCUAACCGCAAGCUAUAUCCUCAGUCGUGUUUGUGAUUUUACUGCGUGCGGUUGUUGAAGACUAUUUUACUGAAAAAGAAUUUAUUAGCAAAUAAUAAAGUUGAAAUAAAAGUGUAACGUUCUGCGAUUGUUUGAGCCGCCAGUUAAGCUGAUAAGGCAUUUUCCAGUUUAUAAUUGUUUGAUUUACUAUUCCUAUCAAAUGGUGAAAUGUAUGUUUGAAUGAAUAAGGCUGAUUUUUCGCAUGCUGAAAAAAAUGAGCUCUACCAGAAAGCCUCAAAUAAGAAAAAGACGGUCGACGGGUAAAUUAGUUGUAUUGAACGAGGAAGAACUUAUACAUCAAGUACAACUGAGGCCAAUUCUGUAUGAUCGUACGUUGAAGUCAUUUCGCAAAUCUUCGCUGCGUCAAAUGCAUUGGCAGGAAGUUAGUGAGGUCAUGGGUGCAACAACAGAUGAAUGUCGGAGGCGAUGGCGUUCCCUUAGAGAUUCUUUUGCCAAGCACUAUAAGCAGGUUCAAAGAACCGAAGAUGAGCACACGCGAAAUAAGCAUCGCAAAUGGAUAUUCUAUGAUCAGAUGACGUUUAUGAUACCCUAUAUGGAUAAUGCAAGCUAUGCCUUGGAUGACCAUCUGAUUGAGGAAUUCGGUGACAAUUCCGAUGAUCAAAGCAUACACUGUGAAAACUCUUCAUCGGCUGUUAUAGAACAAGCGCAAGGUAAUCAGAACAAUAACAAAUUGGAAAGUCACAUCGAAGAGAGGCAUAGUAAUGAACAUGUUCAACAGAACACAGUUUCGGUACAAGCUACAGAUUUUAUGCCUGUACCCGAAGAGGCGGAAGUUAUUGAUCACCACCAUCACAGUCAACAUCAUCAUACCCCAAACACCAGCUCAAAUCAAAAUGCCGAGUAUAAAAGACAAAACACCCAAAUGACUCCACAAUAUUAUGCUUCGAAUAACUAUUUCGAUUCGGAUGAGAAAUUCCUUCUUAGUUGUGCACCAGCAAUGCGGCGUCUGACUAAUCGACAAAAUGCCAUAGCCCGACUACAAAUCCAACAAUUGUUGUUUGAUAUUGAAUUUGGUAAUCGUCAGAAUCAAGAAUAAUACGAAAAAGAUAUUCCAAUCGACCUCUCUCUCGUUCUCCGUUUGAGGAUCGAUAAUCAUCAGCGUUGGCUAAUAAUUUCAAUGCCAUUAUCUUAUCAUUGGCAAGACAAUCGAAUAUUGGAAUUAUUUUUUUCGAAAGUGUUGAGUUUGUUUCCAAAUGUCUAAUGGUAAUCCAUCAGUAAUGACAUUGUAUUAAUGAACAACGGGUUAAGGCAUUGCAAACGGAACAUGAAAAUCAAUAGAGGGCUAGCAGUAAUAGUGUUCUUCGCGGCUUUAAUUGCGGGACAAAGAGUUAGUGCACUAGAAUGUUAUGCCUGUGAUUCUAACGAGGAUCCAGAAUGUGCUACCAAACCGGGUCGUCAGAUUUCUGUAGAAGAAUGUCCUUCGGAAACAGAUGAAUGUGUUCAAGUUGUGG